GGAGGCGGGGCGUGCGGGAAAGGGAGGCAUGGCGUGCGGCUUUCGUAGGUCGAUCGCCUGUCAGCUUUCCAGAGUAUUGGCUCUUCCACCAGAAAGCUUGAUCAAGUCAAUAUCUGCUGUUCCAGUUUCAAAAAAAGAAGAAGUGGCAGAUUUUCAGCUUUCUGUGGAUUCCUUACUAGAAGACAACAAUCACAAGUCACAGCUAGACACUCAAGAUCAAGCCAGGAGACUGGCAGAGAAGCUUAAGUGUGAUACGGUAGUGACAGCCAUCAGUGCUGGUCCAAGGACUCUAAAUUUCAAAAUAAACAGAGAAUUAUUAACAAAGGCAGUGUUGCAACAAGUAACCGAAGAUGGCUCUAAAUAUGGGUUAAAAAGUGAGCUUUUCUCAGAUCUCACCCAGAAGAGAAUUGUGGUUGAAUUCAGUUCACCUAAUAUUGCCAAAAAAUUUCAUGUUGGACACUUGCGCUCCACCAUCAUAGGAAAUUUUAUAGCAAAUCUAAAAGAAGCUUUAGGACAUCAAGUAACAAGAAUAAAUUACAUUGGAGAUUGGGGCAUGCAGUUUGGUUUGCUGGGAACUGGUUUCCAGCUGUUUGGCUAUGAAGAGAAACUCCAGGCCAAUCCUUUACAGCAUCUCUUUGAUGUAUAUGUACAAGUUAAUAAAGAAGCGAUGGAUGAUAAAAAUGUCACAAAAUCAGCACAUGAGUUCUUCCACCGACUAGAACUGGGUGACACGCAGGCACUGUCACUGUGGCAGAGAUUCCGGGACUUGAGCAUUGAAGAGUACACCCAGAUUUACAAGCGUCUUGGAAUAUACUUUGAUGAAUAUUCAGGAGAAUCAUUUUAUCGUGAAAAAUCUCAAGAUGUCUUAAAGAUGCUUGACAGCAAAGGACUUCUACAGAAAACAGCAAAGGGAAAUGUUGUAGUAGAUCUCUCCGGGACUGGCGACCUCUCUUCUGUCUGCACUGUGAUGCGAAGUGACGGGACUUCUCUCUAUGCAACCAGGGACCUUGCAGCUGCUAUACAUCGCAUGGACAAGUACAAUUUUGACACAAUGAUUUAUGUCGCAGACAAAGGGCAAAAAAGGCAUUUUCAGCAAGUGUUCCAAAUGCUGAAGAUCAUGGGCUAUGACUGGGCAGAAAGGUGCCAGUAUGUACCCUUUGGGGUAGUAAAGGGAAUGAAGACUCGAAGAGGAGAUGUCACUUUUCUGGAAGAUGUCUUAAAUGAGGUUCAGUCAAGGAUGCUACAGAACAUGGCGUCCAUUAAGACAACAAAAAAAGUGGAAAACCCUCAGGAGACUGCAGAGAGAGUGGGGCUUGCAGCUCUCAUCAUCCAGGACUUCAGAGGCUUGCUCUUAUCCGACUAUCAGUUCAGUUGGGAUCGUGUUUUCCAGAGUCGUGGAGACACUGGAGUCUUCCUGCAGUAUACCCAUGCCCGCCUCUGUAGUUUGGAAGAGACUUUUGGAUGUGGGUAUCUCAAUGACUUCAAUGUUGCUUGUUUGCAAGAGCCACAGUCGGUGUCAAUUCUCCAGCAUCUUCUCAGGUUUGAUGAGGUACUUUAUACAUCAUCUCAGGACCUACAGCCAAAGCACAUCGUUAGUUACCUCUUAACUCUAAGUCACCUUGCAGCUGUGGCACAUAAAACACUCCAAGUGAAAGACAGUCCUCAUGAUGUGGCUGCGGCCAGACUUCACCUUUUCAAAGCUGUCCGUUCUGUCUUAGCCAAUGGAAUGAAACUUCUUGGAAUUACACCUGUAUGUAGAAUGUAAUUUCAAGAUAAAGUAUGUUUUUCAUGAAAAUGAGUUCUAGUUGUUAUCAGAUGCCUUGCUGUUCAGAAUAUAAUUUAAAGUAUUAUUCUGUCCCAGAA